AUUCCGCGGUCCCUGACAUGCAUGGUCCCUGAAAUACGGCGGUGAACGUGGUCCGAAUUCAACGUGGAAGGCUGCAUCGCGGAGAAACCCGUGUAUAAGUACCGGCUUGCAUGAGUGCGCUGCUGCGAGAUUCUUGCUAGGAGAACUGUAUUAGUAAGUGCAUCGCACGCAGGAUUUACCGAUGUCGGCGUGUGUUGAAGACGUGGCCCGUCUUUCUGUGAACGACUGCGGCGAUCAGGCGGACGCCAACGCCGAUGAAGACGUGGUUAAUCCGUGGAAUGUUGUCAGCGCGUCGGCGACUGGAAUCGACUACGACAAGCUGAUCGUGAAGUUUGGCUCGUCGAAGGUGACGCAAGAGCUCGUGGACAGGAUCGAGAACCUUACGGGGAAGAAAGCGCAUCACUUUCUUCGGAGAGGUGUUUUCUUUUCGCACAGGGAGCUAAACGAGAUUCUAAACGCUUACGAGCAAAAGAAACCAUUCUACCUCUACACGGGAAGGGGACCGUCGUCCGAUGCCCUUCACAUCGGCCACCUCAUUCCCUUCAUCUUCACCAAGUGGCUUCAGGACACCUUCGAUGUCCCGCUGGUAAUCCAGCUCACCGAUGACGAGAAGUUCCUAUGGAAAGACAUGACGGUAGAGGAGGCUGAGAAGAUGGCCCACGAAAACAUGCGAGACAUCAUCGCCUGCGGCUUCGAUCCUGCAAAGACAUUCAUCUUCUCAGACUUUCAGUUCGUGGGGAGGUGUCCCGAGUUCUACAAGAACAUUGUGAGAAUACGGCGAGGUGUCACCUUCAACCAGGUCAAGGGCAUCUUUGGAUUCGGCGACAGCGAUUCUAUCGGCAAAAUUAGCUUCCCAGCUGUCCAGGCCGCGCCGGCGUUGAGUUCGUCUUUCCCGUUCAUCUUUGGAGAGAAGAGCCGUGUUCCCUGCCUCAUUCCCUGUGGAAUCGACCAGGACCCUUACUUCCGAAUGACGCGAGAUGUGGCGCCCAAACUGGGCUAUCCCAAACCUGCACUGCUGCACUCGGUGUUCUUCCCAGCACUGCAAGGGGCUCAGAGCAAGAUGAGUGCCAGUGACCCCAACUCGUCGAUAUUCCUCACUGACACCCCUGCUCAGAUCAAGAACAAGAUCAACAAGUAUGCCUUCUCUGGAGGUGGUGCUACCAUUGAGGAACACAAGGAGAAAGGAGGCAACUGUGAUGUGGACAUAUCGUACCAGUACCUUCGUUUCUUCCUCGAAGAUGAUGAGAAGCUAGAGCAGAUCCGCAAGGAUUACACCAGUGGAGAGUUGCUGACGGGCCACCUGAAGAAGGAGUUGAUCGGCAUCCUGCAGAAGCUGAUUGCUGACCACCAAACCGCCAGGAAAGCUGUCACCGAUGAUGUCAUAGCCAAGUUUACAACUCCAAGGCCACUAGAAGUGAAGCGUCAGUGUUAGAUGCCUUGCUGUACAGUGACACAUUCUCUCGAACUAACAUCCCAUCGUUAACUCCCUCAUGCGGGACGUUCACAUGGGUAGAAGUUGCCUAGUGAAAUGAGAACUUAUUUUGUAAGGAUUAUCAGCUUAUACCAACGCACAGCCUCGCGUUUUUUGUUGCUGUGGUGAGGAUGACGCUCUUGGGAAGAAACUCCAUCUUGACUCCAGUGACUGUUUUGAAUCCGUGUAUUCAUGCGAAUAGAUUGGGUCACUUUGAAAGAAUGAUCUGGUGUAUACCGUAAUUAUGCUUUUGUAAGAAUUUUGGGUUUCUGCUAAAGUACGGCCACAUUUCUGUUUGUUUGCUCAAGAGUAAAAAAAGAUGUGGCUGAAAAACUCAGUUUUUUACUUGACUGGGAGCAGGUGACUGUUUAAGCUCAGUUGGAAAUGAUGAAAGUCAGAGACUUGAGUGCGUAACGAAGUGCGUGGAGUUUUGUACGCUGUAAUGGCAGGCCUGUGUAAGAGCUCCUUGUUAGUACCAAAGUGAAGUCUUCUUUAUUCGUUUGCCAGAAAGAUAAAGGGGGGGGGGGGUAGAAUUUCCCAGAAAAACUAAUUCUUGGCUCAAGUUUGAGCAGGAGACCAGACAGGGUUGCUUGCUUGGAAAUCCUGAAGGUUUGAAAUUCAGAAAUGGGAUACAUAGUGCAUGAUCAAAGAUUCGUAAUUAUCCUGGGUUUGUGCAAAAGACGGUUUCUUUUAAGGCCAAGGCCUUAUGGGACUUGUUGCGUGAUGACCUUGAGCGAAGCAUGGCUGGCGAUAAAGGUGCUAAAAAAACCUGAAUGUCCUACAUCAUCAGUGACAUCAUGUGGUGACGUCACAGAUCGCCGAAACUUGCGACGUCAUCGUAUGAUGUCAUCACAUGACAUUGUCGAUUGGUCAAAGCUGAGCUGAUCCCAAGGGUAGUGCAAUGCUAUGUGAGGUGCACAACACUUUUGGAGGGGUGGCCAGGGGGGGAGAAACGAUGCAAUCAGCUAAAUAUCAAGGUAACUUAAUAUGUGUCAAUCACACUGCAGCUCGUUAUGUCUGGCAAUAUGUCUUGUUUCUAAUUUUGUAACUUAAUACAUCACCAAGUGUGCACCAGGUUUUCGCCUUCAAGAGUUACUGAGAGUGUAACGUGCCGCCAAACUUUUUAUUUGCCAAGCAGUUAAGACACUCCAUCAUAACUCCAAUGCAACCUGAGAGCCUUAUAAGGUCACUUGAAAAGUGCUGUAAAUGAAGUUUUAAAUGUCACCUAAUGUCCCUAAAUCACAUUAGGCGGCAUGGCUGAAAAAUUCAUGACCUUCAGUUUGUCAUGGUAACCUUGGUGAAAAGGCAGUUUUCUCUUCUCUUCCACCGUGUGGUGCUAGCACGUGAUGGCCUCCCAGUGAUGAAAUAUAUUUUCAAUUUCGGCUAAUUCCAGAUAAUGGAGCUUCUCUUCCGAAACAACAUUUCUGUUCCAGUACACUUUGGGCAACACGAACGUACACAUUUAGAUGUUGCAGAUUUGAAAGCUAACUUUAUCGUAAAUGCAAUUCACUGAUGUGUUACUUUGUUUCUAAGUGUACGUUAAGCAUUCUGGUCUCGCGUGUGAGCAUUGCCUUCUAGAGUCGACAGCUUGCUGAAAAAGAAGCACGUGAAUGUGAACAGCAGUUUUUUUUAUGUGACAUGUGGGUAUUUAUUGCGGAGGCUUGAUAAAUAAAAGCACUUU